CAUGCUCACAGAGGAAGAGGACCUGAUCAUCCGAUGAAGUAUACACGAGUUAUAAGAGAGUAAAAGGGUUUUGUUUUGGUGGUCGCUCGUACGUCCGCCAACAGGUGUGAGUGGCUGCAAGGUACAAGUCGUGCAGGAGCGGUCCACUACCUCCCUCACACCGCAGUCCCCACUCCUCUACACAUUAAUAUCCAGUGCCCGGUGUGCCUCAAUUAAGUGUCCUCUGGUGAAUUAUAAUGUGACAGCCGUCUUGUGUGUCCUCAGAGCAGGUGGUGAUGUGAUUUAUAGCAGCUGAUGAGCUGAUAGAGUGCGAGUGUCAAGCUACGACAGGUGAUGAGGUGUGGUGGUGCUCUCAGACACAAUCAUGAGACACCAGGGAAUUAUACGUGUGUAUAACACAUACGUCAGUGUUAAAGUGCCUUAGAUGACACUAGUGCCAUGGAGGGCAGAACUUAAAGUAUAGAGUAAACGUGAAAAACGGCAAACAGGAGUGGGCAGGUUGUAGAGAGAAACGAGGCGUGAAGAAGCAUGGGUAAGGAAUAUAGAUAAUAAACACGGAAUGCCCAUCGGGCCGGGGGGUAGCACAGACGGAGGGGGUGUGUGUGAUGAGGAGACUAACCCACCGGCCGUUCCCUGCAGACCUCCCCCGCCCCCGCCCCCACGACUCAACACCUGCAUCCAUGGUCGACCCAUCAACACCAAUGCCACCAGUACUGAUCCCAGCAGAGCAGAUCGUUCCCGUCCCUGGUGGAAGAGCUGGAACAGGAAGUACGUUUUGCUGUGUGGCACUUGUGGCACCUCGGCCGUCCUGCUGGGUACUUUCUACCUCAUCAUCUACUUCGUGCUUAGGUCGUACACCUCGUCUCUGCAGUACUUCGAGACUAUACCCACCUACGUACCUGCUGCCGUGUUGAUCCUGACGGGGCUGCUGGUGCUGUGCUUCAUCAGACGGAAGAACAGGUUCUCCUAUCUAAUCAAGGUGAGCGGUUGCCUCUGCCUGGUGUGCGCGGUGCUGUGCGUGGUGGUCACUGUCACCACCACAGUCCUCCACAUGAAUCGUCUACAGACACUGCAGGAGUGUGAGUUUUUCCCUCACUCACAGUCAUGCACCUGCACUCCCUACACCGGUGUGCUCGACCCCACUCAGGACGUGCGUUAUGUGUUCUCACUGGUGAGCAGCGGGACCAACUGUGACGUCAUCCACGGGCCCCUCUACUCAUGUCUACGCGCACUCUUCGGCCUCUCAGUUAUCGGCAUCCUCGUCUCCAUCUUCUCCUGCAUGUUGGUGUACCAGCUGCUCAGCCACGAGAAAAAGAAGAUGUACUGGGAGCAGCUUGAGCACCGUAGGCGCCUUCUGUACCGUCGUGCCCCAGCUCCCAAUGCCUGCUCUUGCUGUGAUGAAUAUGGCUUUGUUCCGCCUUCAGAACUCUAUCCUUGGGCACCCUGGGACACACUUGAUGAUAGGUACUGGGCAGGGGGGCAGUUUUAUGCUCCAGGGGCUGAAGACUCUUCCAAUGCAUCACGUUCAGUACUAUUGGGCACUGCUACACCACAGGGUCAGGGGCCACUGUGGCUUCCCUGGGGAAGUGGGUGGGCUGCUCAUAGUGGUACAGCACAUCAGCAGCAACAGCAACAGCAACAGCAACAGCAGCAGCAGCAGCAGCAGCAGCAGCAAGCAGUAAUACCAGUGGAACCAACCUCUGCCGCCUCCACUACUACUGGGGAAAAUGGCCAGAGUGAAGAUAAUAGAGCACAAGUGACUGGUGUCCUGCUACGUCCAUUUCUUCCCCGGGGUCUGGAAAGUCGUUUGGGCCUUCGCCGCCAACAUCCUACCAGCCACCACAACCGACGCCCACUUUCUGACCCAGGCGUAGUACUCCAGCUACCCCGAUACCCACCACCAUUCACAGAGGCCUACCUUCCUCCCAUGGCAUACCAGGAGGCUUUUCCACGGUACAUGUGGGGCCCUCCGCCACCCUACUCUCAGCCAACUUCUUCUGAAAACUUAGCCAUGCACAUGUCACCACAUCAUCACCCAAAUUCACCUACUUCACCAACCAUCCUACAAGGAAUAGUGGCACAGGCUAUAAGGUCCUCCCCAGCUCGUCGUCCUGCUACACUAGCUGACUUAAUGAAUGGCCCUGCUAGUCCUACUAGUAACACGCUUUCAUCCCCCAGUGAUGAUUCAGAAAUCCUAAGCUCCCCUUCUCAAAAUCAGCGUGUGACACGGGGUCGCCAUAAAGGAGGAUCUACUGAGCAAGGAGGAACUCUUGGUGGGUCCAGUUCACUUCCCUCCAGGCAUCGCAAUAGGAGACUCCCACUGGGUCAUGUCAAGUCACUUGGUGAUGUAAAUGAACAUAAACAUGAUGAACCGCUGGAAGUUUUGUUUUGUGAUGGAAAAGACAUUACACAUCUAGAUAAAUUUCAGUCUCAGGCUGAUGUACCUCGUGAGGCAUAUCGUAGUAAACACAUCAAGAGCAUUAGUGAUCCCAAAGCUGUAUAUACAAGUGGAAAAGUUGAGCAGGAAUCAGAACUGUAUUUUGCUGAUGUAUCAUCAUGCAUAUCAGUGAGGCAAGAUGGAGAUGAGAUGCUGUACUACUCAGAACCAACAAGCUCUGCCAGUCAAAACACUCCAUCUCCAAGUGACAAGGAGGUAUUAGAUGCCUCUCUAAACCAUACGUAUGAACAAGUUCGUGAGAAAGAUGAUGAUAGUUCACAUCAUGCAUCUGAUGACACCAUGAUUGUUCACACUUCCUCAUCUGAUCAUAGCCUUGCUGCAGAAACUGAAAAUACCUACAGUGUUGUGUCUCCAUUGACAGACAUGUCCAGUACUUCACCGAUGAUAACUGAUACUGAUGCAUACUCAUGUUACACACCCACCACAUCUGGUCCUUCUCCUUCUUCUCCAAGUCAGAGAGAUAACACUCCAUCUGCAACUCAGCCAUCAUUUAAUCAAAACCUAGCUCUCCAUUCUAUCAGACAACUUCAUCCCCUCCACCCUUUACAUCCUCUCCAUCAUAUUCAUCAUAUACACCCUGGAGGACGAAAUCACCUCAAUGACAAUGAUCCUCUACCUUCCCAACUCACCGAUCGCCCAGAUGGGCAAACUGAAACUGAGCAUUGCUAUGAAACACUCCCAGGUUGUGAUGGGGAACCUGCAGCCACACCAUUGUCUACUAAUUCCAUAGAACCACUGCAGGAAGCCCCAUCUCGCUCACCAGAUGCUUCAGAUCUGAAUGGAAAUGUUACUCUUACUGAAGCUAUCGUUCACAUGGGCCCUUCUAUGGCUGACAGCUCUACUUCUAAUUUCCCAACAUCCACAAGGCCUUCCAGAGCAAACUUAUCGUUGCCGCUCCGCCGUGUUAUGUCCUCUUCCAAUGCUAAUUCAGAUGAGAUUUUGGAAGAUGCUCCCACUCCAGAUUCUGAAAUGGUUUCUCUGGAUCAAAGUAGGAAUGGAGGAGGUAGACGCACAGCAGGAGGAGAAAGAAUAUCAUAUCACAGCUCGGAGCCUAACACUCCAGCUGAGAGACGAAUACAUUCAGUACAAGAUCUUUUGUAUACUCUAAAAUCAGUGAAUGUUUAGAAAAACUGUUCUGUACAGUACAUGAGUGUGGAAUACUUGUUAGAGGCAAAACAGUUUGCAAUAGUCAAUAAUGCAAUUCUGACUGAUAAAAUACUGGUAUUUUGAGUGAUUUUUAGUCUGUAUGAUUGUUGCAUGGUGGUUAGUGUGUAAUUUUUGAGUGGAAUACAUGUCAUAUAUUAAUGUAUGAAUGGAUGUUUAAUUUGUUAUGAACAUUUGAAAUAAUUAUCACAUAGCUACAUAGUAUCAACACUGGAAAUAUUCCUGUUUGAGCAAGAUUGAUAACUUUCUGAACAAUGCUGAUGCAAGUGGAACUGCAUAGAGCCCUGUAUGACCCUGUGGGUUUAGUGGUUUCCCAUAAAUUGAAAAUAGCUGUGUAUUAUUUUCAUAAAUUUGUUUCAUAACACAGAAAUUCCUCACCACAACUGAGCAACACCAGUUGGUCCACAUCCUAUUGAUCAAGAAAUCAUAAUGAAAGCAAUGCCUACAUUGUAUUAAUAAGUCUGGUCUUAUAGUAGUGAUGAUAAGCUGAUAUUGUAUUAAGCCUGGUUUUAUAAUAAUGACAUUGCCUAUAUAUAUACAUAUAUAUAUGAGUAAAAUGUGAUAUGACCUCUGAUAAGUUUUCCUUCAUGGAGAUUUUUUACUUAAGCUUCAUAAAUGAAUUUGCAGUAGAGUGAAUCAGUGAUAGUGCGGCAUUUUGUUUUGGUGAGGAUAAUAUAUUUAAAUUAAUUACUGUACAUGUUGUACUGUGUGCUAAAUUUUUCUCUAUCUCUACUUAUCAGCCUUGAGAACUGAAUCCAAAUGACCUUCUGCCGACAUUAGUGAAGACUACACACAUUGCACAACAGUCUUUUAUUGGCAUAAUAUUGCAUUCUGUGUAGAGCUUUAUUUGCAAAAUGUCCCAAUAAUUUUUUUCUGCAGUGUGUGUAUUUCGUCUGUAAAUUUCAAAUCCUAAGCCUUUUAGCCUUCUUAAACUAUUCACUGUCCAUUACUGCCUGAAAUACCUAGGCAUGCUAGUGACCUUCUUUGUAAUUAAUAUUUUAUAACAUGUAAACCACACAUUGUAAGCUUUACAUGGAGAUAAAGAUUUUGAUUUUGAUACUGCAGGCUUCCACAAACCCAUAAUUUCAUGCAUUCACAAGAGGAUACAGUGUAAGGCUUCUUCCCCCAUCUGAAUCAUUAUACACUUUUUAUUACCUCUCUUACUUCAACUCCAUCUAUCAGUAUGAAGCACUACUUAAUCUAGUUCACCCAUUAGAGAAGAGAACAGUGCUCUAUAUUG